AAAAACCCUACGCCUCCUCUCCUCUCUCCAUCGUCUUCUUCUUUCCAGUCUCACAAACUUCCUUCGUAUAAAUCUUUGUUUCCAUAUAAAUUACAUUCACCCUUAGGGCUUCCAAUCUCCUUCCCUCAAAAUCCGAUCCUCAUAACCGCCAAGAUCCUUACUUUUUGGUAAGCCUCUCCACUCAAAGAUUCGAUCUUUAAAACCCGGAAGCUAAAGCUACGAAUACACUAAUCCUCAACGCAUUGUUGAUUAAUUACAUAUAAAGGAACAGACUUUUCUCGAAUCAAUGGAUGACAUUGAGAACGCAAUACUAAUCAUCUUCGAAUCUGGUCCUGUGGACGCUUCGUUAAAGUCUCAAGCCGUUAGCUACUGUCAGCAAAUCAAAGAGACGCAGGAUGUAUGUAGGAUUUGUAUUCAGAAGCUCUGGUUCUGUAAGCUGGUCCAAGUCCAGUUCUGGUGUUUGCAGACUUUGCAGGAUGUUUUGAAGGUUAGGUAUGGGUCGAUGAGCUUGGAGGAGAGGAGCUUUGUGAGGAGUUCUGUGUUCUCGAUGGCGUGUUUGGAAGGUGUUGGUGAUGGUGAGAGUGUUGUGAGGGUUGUGGAAGGGCCUGUGUUUGUUAAGAACAAGCUUGCUCAGGUUUUGGUUACUUUGAUUUGUUUUGAGUAUCCUUUGGUUUGGUCGAAUGUGUUUGUUGAUUUCAUGGGGCAUUUGAGUAAAGGAGGGGCUGUGAUUGAUAUGUUUUGUCGGGUUUUGAAUGGGUUGGAUGAUGAGUUGAUUAGUUUGGAUUACCCUAGGUCGUCUGAGGAGGUGGUGGUGGCUGCGAGGGUUAAGGAUGCGAUGAGGCAGCAGUGUGUGCCUCAGAUUGCUAGGGCUUGGUAUGACAUUGUGUCCUUGUAUAGGAACUCUGAUCCUGAUCUUUCUGCUACUGUGUUGGAUUGUAUGAGGAGGUUUGUGUCUUGGAUUGAUAUUAAUUUGGUUGCGAAUGAUGCGUUUGUUCCGCUUCUGUUUGAGUUGAUUUUGUCUGAGGGGUUGGCUGAUCAAGUCCGUGGUGCAGCAGCUGGGUGUGUCUUGGCCAUCGUGGGUAAAAGGAUGGAACCACACUUGAAACUGCCUCUUUUGAAGACACUUCAGAUAAGUCGUGUUUUUGGUUUAGUGUCGGAGGAUGCUGAUUCAGAGCUUGUGUCAGAGGUAUCCGGUUUGGUUACUGGCUAUGCUGUUGAGGUUCUUGAAUGCCAUAAGCGGUUGAACUCAGAGGAGACCAAGGCAGUCUCCAUGGAUCUGCUGAACGAGGUUCUGCCAUCAGUUUUUUAUGUCAUGCGGAACUGUGAGGUGGAUUCUACUUUUAGUAUUGUCCAGUUUCUCAUGGGUUACGUUUCAACUCUCAAAGGCCUCCCUGCGCUGAAGGAGAAGCAACUCCUCCACAUUACUCAGAUUCUUGAAGUGAUUAGGAUUCAGAUUUGCUACGAUCCUAUGUAUCGUAAUAGCCUUAAUGCGCUGGAUAAGAUUGGGUUGGAAGAGGAAGAUAGAAUGUCCGAGUUUAGAAAAGAUCUGUUUGUCUUGUUACGUACAGUAGGCCGUGUUGCUCCUGAAGUUACACAGCAUUUCAUCCGAAACGCUUUAGCAAAUGCUGUUGAAUCUUCUUCUGAGAGAAACAUCGAAGAAGUAGAAGCUGCCCUUUCGCUUUUGUAUUCUUUUGGAGAGUCUAUGACGGAGGAGGCCAUGAAAGCAGGAUCUGGAUGUUUGAGUGAAUUGAUCCCGAUGCUCUUGACCACAAACUUCCCUGGUCAUUCUCAUAGACUAGUGGCACUUGUGUACUUGGAAAACAUAACUAGGUACAUGAAGUUUAUUCAAGAAAACUCCCAGUACAUUCCCAAUGUUCUUGGUGCUUUCCUUGAUGAAAGGGGGUUGCAUCACCAGAACAUCCAUGUGAGCCGUAGAGCUUAUUACUUGUUCAUGAGAGUCGUGAAAUUGUUAAAAUCAAAGCUUGUUCCAUACAUUGAUAAUAUCCUGCAGAACCUCCAAGAUAUGUUGUCCCAGUUGACGACCAUGAACUUUGCAUCCAGAGAAAUUUCAGGAACUGAAGCUGCCAGUCACAUUUUUGAGGCCAUUGGCUUAAUCAUAGGGUUAGAGGAUGUCCCAGCUGAUAAGCAGUCAGAUUAUCUGUCUAUACUGCUUAUUCCUCUCUGUCAACAGAUUGAGAAAGAACUUAUGGAGGCAAAAGUUGCAAGUGGUGAGGACUUUCCUGUAAAAAUUGCUAAUAUCCAGUUUUCCAUUGUUGCAAUUAAUGCUCUCAGCAAGGGCUUUAGUGAACGUCUUGUUACUGUGAGCCGUCCUCGAAUUGGUAUCAUGUUUAAGAAGACACUAGACGUGCUUUUAAGGAUUUUGAUUGAGUUUCCAAAGGUUGAGCCCUUGCGGAGUAAGGUCAUAUCACUCAUACACCGUAUGGUUGAAACCCUUGGAGCCUCUGUGUUGCCGUAUCUUCCCACGGCUUUAGAACAGCUACUUGCUGAUAGUGAGCCAAAGGAAAUGGUUGGUUUCCUGGUAUUACUCAACCAGCUUAUCUGCAAGUUCAGCAACUCUCUCCGUGGUAUACUGGAAGAAGUCUAUCCUGUGGUUGCUGGUAGGAUUUUCAGUGUAAUUCCAAAAGAUGACUUCCCCUCACGCCAUGAAGCUGUUACUGAGGAAAUGAGGGAACUGAUCGAGCUUCAAAGGACGCUGUACACAUUUCUCCAUGUGAUGGCCACACAUGAUCUCUCUUCUGUAUUCCUUACCCCUAAAAGUAUGGCGUAUUUUCGAACGAUGAUGCAGCUUCUUCUGAACACUGCUUGUACUCACAAGGAUAUUACUGUGCGAAAGGCAUGCGUGCAGAUAUUCAUUAGACUUAUUGAAGAUUGGUGUCCCAAGCCAUACACUGAGGAGAAGGUCCCAGGUUUUCAGGAUUUUAUGAUCAAAUGUUUUGCUACAAACUGCUGCUUGCUCAGUGUACUCGAUAAAUCAUUUGACUUCAAUGAUGCGAAUACUCAGGGCUUGUUCGGGGAAAUCAUCAAAGCUCAGAAAGUGAUGUAUGAAAAAUUUGGUAAUGCGUUUCUCAUGCAUCUUAUGUCUGAAGCUUUUCCAUCAGCAAAUUGUCCACAAGAUUUGGCGGAGCAGUAUUGCCAAAAGUUGCAGGGUAAUGAAAUUGGGGGCCUCAAGUUAUGCUACCAGUCCCUUAUAAAAAAUCUCAGGCUUCAACAAAACGGGAGUCAUGUUUUAAGAUAGCAUUCGAAAUAAAGGUCUCUCAGGUCAAUUCUAAGGCGAGCUCUACCACUGUGAACUCUAAAAAGUCUCUCUGCAGGUUUCUCCAGAUGUAAAUAUCUGUUGUCAAUGUGUUUAUGCGAGACAAGGCAACAAGUUGUACCUUUACCAAAGAAAACAUGUUAUUGAUUCUCUCCCGGAAGUAGUUUACUCGAACAAAGGCAUUGCAAGUUCUUCCAGUGCAAAACUCCAGAUGUUUUUUGUUUUGUUUCUCUUGCCCUUUUUGUCGUGGGAUUGUGUCUAUAAAGAAGCCUCUCUUUUUGUCCUAUCUCCAAAUUUUGAUUAUGUCAUGAACUUGUGCUUUCGGUGUUACGUUCUUCUUGUCCAUGAAAAAAAAACUACUUGGAAAGAAACAGAGAAACAUAAAGUUUUGGCUGAUUUUUUAUUUUAAUUAGUUGAAAAU